AUGGUGCGGUUAAGUGCAGCCUGGAGCUGCUUUUUGGCCUUGAUUGCUUUGGGAUCUGCUGCUGCCUCAUCGGCGAACUAUCCGGGUGUCAUCGAACUGGUGGGCUACAGCAAUCGCCGGGCACGAACCUACUUCCAGGAGCCACCCAGCCGCUCUAAUCCCAAUCCUCAGUCCGGUUUGACCUCGGCCAAAACCCGGGCGGACAUUGAGACCGUUAAGAGGAACAUAAGGAAAUACGAUCGUUUGCUGGAGUUGGAUACGAAAAAUCUGCCAGAGCAGCAGAAGGAUAUGCUGGCCAGGAUUGUGGAGCGAGUGGCCAGGCUCAAAGAAUCCCUGGACAUUGAAGAGCAGCAGUUUAACCACCAGGAAGCUACUUCUGCCAGGAUCAGCAGCAGUACAUCUAGUACCACACCGCAGGAAACGGAAACGCAAACGGAAGCGGAAACGGAGCGAGAUCAUGAUCAGGCCUUCGAGCAGAGCACUCAGUCACCCACUGGAUCCACCGAAGCCGAAACAGAUCCCACAUUGAUCCUGGACGAGACCACGCUGCUGGAACUACAGAAUACGAUGAACGAACAGGCUGCCAUGAGCACCAUCAUGAAGGAUCUGCCAACCACCACGGAUGUGAGUCAGCAGGAAGCGGAAGCUGAAGCGGAAUCGGAGGCCACCGAUGUGGCUGGUGAAACCACUUCACCCAAUCUAACCACUCAGCCAGAGGCUUCGACCACCAGUGAUGAGUCCCUCACCGAUUCCACCGAUCCCGAUGAUCAGUUCGUGGCCGCCAGAUCAAAUAACAAUAUAGCGGCCAUAACGGCGGCCGAUGAUGCCGAUGGCACCACCACAACCACAGCGAAUUCAGGCAGCCAGCAGCGCACCUUGACCACCAUGGGAAAACUGAAGAAUAGGGCCACGAAGCGACCCUUCGCCCACAAGGUCACCGCCGCCCUGAAACGAGGAGGUCAGCGUCCAAGUAGCGUGAGUGCAGCGGCAGCCAAUGCGGCAGCAGCCUCGAAACCCAGCAGCAGCACCACCACUAGCACUAGCACCACCCAAAAGCAGAAGUUAGCCACCAAUAAUAUACAGCAAAAGCAGCAGCAAUCGAAGCCCCUGCAAAAGGUGACACCCUCGAUUGGUGGAGGUAGUGCAUCCAGUCCGUCAUCCUCGUCGAUUCCCUCGGCUACCACGAAUUCGGCUGGCCCUGCCUUGCCCAUCGAGCAGUUGUACACCCGUACUCCCCAGGCCAACAUUCCACUGGCCGCAGCGGCAGCCGCAGCAGCUGCAUCCUCAUCCGCAGCAGCAGCUGCAGCAGGAUCUGCAGGAUCUCCGGGAUCGGGAGCUACACCGACCACCUACAACAACCAGCAGGAAAGCAUGGUCUACGAUGCACAUGUCAAUGCAUCGGCCCUAAUCGACAGCCUCAACACAAACGCCCGCGAGGAGUACUACCAACAGAAACUGGGAGCGGCCAACAAGGAUAAUAAGAAAACAGCGACAGCGAAACCGACGAAAUAUCAUUAUUAUCCGCACAAUCAGCACAUCUAUCUGCUGCCCGAGUGUGCCAUUCAGCAGGUCUGUAAUGCCGUCUACGUGAGACUCAAUUACACCCAACCACUGUGCGCCUGUCCAUCAAGAUAUCGUGAUCCCUGCUCGGCCAGUCUGAAUGAAGAUGAUCAGCAUACCACAAAAUUGGUUGGCGAUAAUAAGAAGAAGGCCAUCACGUUGGCCAAAACCUGCGAGGCCACCACCGAGAUGCGCGAAUGCCGUUCACCCAAGGAUUGGUCCCUUCUGGCGCUCCAAAACACAAGAACCGGCAAGUCGCACUACCUGGUCAUCUGUCGCUGCCCCGAUCACUUCAAGAUGGAGGGACCCAUGGCCCAUGACCAGCCCACCUAUGCCAGCGUGCCCGGAAUCCGAGUGUUUGGCAUGAUGUGUGUAAAGCCGGGCUACUCGGUGCGCAAGCCCAGCAACCAGCCGCCGAAGCGGUACCAGCUGCAGAAGCCCUUCUACCGCCCGUCGGUGGGCACCACCCUGGGUGGUGGUCAGAAGGAUAGGUACGGCAGACCCAUCUACGGCGGUGGCAUCUCCGCGGGCAGCUCGGCCAUCAGUUCCAACUACCAGCCGCAGGAUCAGAGCUUCCAGAGCGGAGGUAGCAGCUCGUAUCAGUACCUCAACCGACCGGAGAGCAGUGGCAGCCACAGCUCCGCCAACUUCCGACCCGAUCAGUUCUCGAUCAACAAUUUCCCGGGCAGCAACUAUGGACGCAACAAUGAGAGACGUGGUGAUUUGCCGCCCAUCGAGGCUAUUUCGAGUGGAUCGGGAACUGGAGGAAACGAGGAGCAACCGAGCAGCAGUACUCCGGCGGCUGAGGAGGAGGCCAGGACCACUCUGCAGGCGGAACAGGAGGCGGAACCGGCGGCUGCAGCGGUUCCCGUGGCGGCGGAACUGACCACCACGGCGGAGGAGGCCGUUCUCGAAAGUCGUGCCCGGCGAUCUCUGCCCGAAACGGACGACUACGAGCCGGAAUUCCCCUGGGAUCGGGUCCUCGAGUUCCAGCAAAGCAUCAUUUGGGACUAAGUUCCGGGAAUACCAACCAAUCCUAGUAGAUACAAUUUCAAUAGCACAAGGCGACAUUUCCGGCGACUAUACACUGUGCAAAAAAACAACUGUGACUGAAGAAGUAACGAUGAGAAAAGAGCGGAAUUAAAUGGCUUCGAGAAAGCAUAAAGUUCACGUCACGUAACGUCUAGCGUAGCGUAACGUAAUUAGCUAAGCUUUUCUUAAUUUAAAUCAUGUUUUUUAGGCA